AUGCUAAUUAAAUUCUUUGGCGUUAAUAUUCCUGUUUGGAUGGAUACAUAUGGUGGUAUUACGGAGCAGCUUUAUGAAAAUAUGGCGGAAGGAGUUGAAAACGCUUGUGUUGUUUGUUGUUUUUUAACUCCAGAAUAUCAAGAGUCAGAAAACUGUAAAAAGGAAUUAAAAUAUGCAGCUGAUAAAGGUGUUCCGCUUCUUCCAUGUUUUUUAACACGAAAUUGGAAACCAACAAAUUGGUUAGGCAUAUUAAUUGCUGGGCGUGUAUGGAAAGAUCUUCGAGACCAUGAUGAAUCCAAUAUUGAUUUGAAAAUCUUGAAAUUGAUUAAACGUCUACGCAAAAUUCUUGGUGAUAGAUUGGAAGCAGCUGUUCCCGCAGCAAUACCAGCUGAAAGUAGUGAAACAUAUGCACCAGUCAAAGUUCCUGCACCUCCAACACCAAGAGGUCAGCAAAAUAAGCCUGCUAUUGUCACUGAUCUGAUCGACAAAACAGCGAAAACUGGUGACUUAUUGGAAUUAUUUAUUGUUUGCGAUGGAAAGUCAACUCCAGAAUGUAAAUGGACUUUUAAUGAUCAAUUAGUGGAUUUAAUUGAUGGUGAAAUAGAAUCAGUAGUAGAUGAUGAUGGUAAAACAUAUCGAUUGUCAAUAUAUGAUUGUUUGCUCAAGCAUGCUGGGCUUUAUCAAGCUAUACUACAAAAUAUUAAUGGAGAUAUAUUGAAAUCAAAACAAGUCUAUUGUAAUGUUGGACAACAACCAAAAUUUAUUGAUACAGAAUCGGAUGCAACAGUUUUAGCAAUGCAAGAUCAAGACUAUACAUUAGAUUUGUUAAUUAAAGGCACUCCAGAACCGAAAAUAAUCUGGACACGCAUGAAAGAUGGUAAAAUUUUACCGGAUGAAAAAGAUACCACGGUAUCAUAUGACAAAUUGAAAAAUCAAACAACAUUAAUGAUAAAAAAAUGUCAAAAAUCCAUUCACGAGAGUGAAUAUACGUGCUAUUUGGAAAAUGCAUUUGAAGAAAAUGCAUAUUAUUCAAUUAAACAAGAUAAAACAACAUUCAAAUUAAUAUUUCAUAACUUACAAACAAAUCAAACUGGAACAUACGCAAUUAAAGUAAAAAACGAUGUUGGUGAAGCAGAAUCAAAAAUGAGACUUAAAGUGAACGGACAAAUAUAUCAAUUACAUUCGAAUUCAAAUGAUACGAUUGAAAGUAUUAAAUCACAAAUACCAAAGAAAAACGGGAUGUCAUCAGAUGGUUUAAUAUUUGGUACUCAAAAACUUCAAGAUAUAAGAACAUUAUCGUUUUAUACUCCUCAACUGUAUGUGAAAUCAUUGACCGGACAAACAUAUUUAUUGCAAGUAUUAUCUACGGAUACAAUAGCAAGCAUAAAGGCCAAAUUAGAGAAAAUAAAUGGUAUACCAGUUGAUAGUCUACAUCAUGACGGAAAACAAUUAAGUGAUGACUGCACCUUAUCUUAUUAUAAUAUUAAAACAGAAAUGGAAUUGAAUGUUGCCCCAAGAUUAGGCCGUUCUACACCACGACAUACGACAGCAACUGUUAAUUUAGAAGAAGUACAACCACAAAACGAAACUGAAGAAGUGCAUACACAGAAAACAGAAAAUCCCGCGAAAAGCGACCACCCUGCAACACCCAAAAAAUCAAAUUAUUUAUCGGAAAAACGAACGGCUACAUCAAUCGUACAAAUUAACAUUAAUGAAUUAUUGAAACCAAAAUAUACUGCAAGUCGUCAAUCUAUAAAAGCUAUUGAAAAUAAACUAACAAAUAUUGAUUUAACUAUUGGUCUUUAUGUUGAUGAAAUAUUGGCAUUGUAUGAACUCUUGCCUAGUUUAUUCAAUAAUGUUGAUAAUUUAUUUGAUAAUAUUGCGGAAAAAAUGACACAACUAAUGUAUAAAGGUUAUCCAUUUCAUAUUCUUCGAGGUCGACCAUUAAGAUGUCAAAGUAAACUUUUACAACGAUGUUUGAAUUAUGUGCUACAGUCAAGAACUCCACCUUAUGUACUAACGGUGAUUGGUGAACAGAGUUCAGCAAAAAGUUCACUGCUCAAUGCCAUUUUUGGAUGUAAUUUUCGUACAAGUUCCGGUCGAUGUACGAUUGGUAUUUAUUUAAGUGUUGUCCAAUGGAAAUCGCAUACAAUUGUUAUCCUUGAUACAGAAGGGUUGUUAUCACUUGAAGAAUCUGGUUCAAUAUUUGAUAAUCAAAUGGUUUCAAUGGCUAUGAUUACAUCUCAUCUUGUUCUUAUCAAUCACAAGGGUGAAUUUAGUACAAAUUUGGAACAUUUGAUUGGUAUGAGUUUUUAUGCAAAACUACAAAUUCGUCCACCAUUAAAACCAAAACUUCUAUUUGUUCUCCGAGAUCAAGCCGAUUGUCAGGCAACAAAUAUAUUUUAUAAUCAAUUAGCUAAAUUAAAAGAAAAUCUUUAUAAAGAUACAAAAUUUUUGAAAGCUACUAUUGACGAAGAAUUGGAAAUAGAAGAAAAUAAUGUUGUCUUAUUGCCAAAUGCAUUUUCAUCUGAUAUGGAUCCUGUUCUUAAUAUGAAAUUUAGUUGGCGAAAUCAAACGUUUCCAACUGAAAUUAUUGGUUUGCGUGACGUCAUUUUUAGAGGUCUUCAUGAAACUAGUAAGAAAACAGAACCAGCUUACAGUGAUAUGGCGCAACUUUAUAGCAAAAUUUACAGCAAUUGGAAUUCAAUUGAUAAAUUAGGCCCACGUUUACUAGCAUGUAAAACAUUAUCUGAAUUAUCAAUUCAAAAUGAAUUACGAGAUAUUGCCCAUGAGAUUGUACAAGGAAAAAAUGAUGCUUUGUUAAGAGAAGGACAACAACAAAUUAAUAUCGUUCUAACAGAGAUAACAGCAGGAAAACAAGUUGUAUCGAACGAAAAUCUUUCACGUAUUAGUGAAGGCUUUCAAGUAACAUUAAAUGGAAUAUAUCAACGAUUCUUCAAUGAUGCUAUACAUGAAUUUAAACAAAAAAGUGAAAGAAGUUGUUAUUUACCAGAAGCAAAAGAAAAAGCAAUCAAACUCAUGGGACCUCCAAUAAAAAGCACAAAAUAUAUGGUAAGAGCAGACUUUGAUGACAGACUACAUUCGGUAGUACAAAAUAUUCGUUUUCAAGAUACACAUAGAAAAUUAAUGCAUGAUGCACAGUGUAAUUUCGAAGAGAAUAAACAUAUGGGAAUAGAAGAGAUGCAACGACGUGUUGAGCAAGACUAUGAAACUGCAGUUGCACAUUGUAAAAAUAGUUUAGAGUCAUUACGCAAGUCACCUGAAGAUAUUACACAAAAUGUACUGAGAAUUUACAGAAAUUUACUUGAUAGAAAAGCAGCAAAUGCAACAAAAGGCAGCAUUUACAAUCGUGUGGAACCACUACAAUAUGAGAAAUACUUAAAUGAAUGUACAAAACUUGGUCCUAUUUGGAAUCAAAUGAAAAAUGCUCCAGCUCGUCCAUAUUCUGGUACACAAAUUCGUGUCUCAUCGAGGCGAAACAGUAUCACAACAUUGUCAAAAAAAAUGAUAUCAGAUGAAGUAUUGGAUAUAAUAAAGAAAAAAUGUAGAUGGUUUACAAAUAUGAGAUCUGACUCAAAAGUUAAAAAUAUCCUUGGAAUGAUAUGUCAAGAUGUAUUACCAGAAUUAAAUAAACAAAUAUUGAAAUUAGUACAUGAUAAUAAAUAUUCUGAUCCACAAACAUUAAUAGCUGUUUUAGCUAAUACAGAAAAUAUGAUAAAUAAGGAACCGAUUAUGAACUAUGAUAAAUAUUUAGAUAUUCUAGCUAUUGCAAAUGAUUUUGCAGUUAUAUCAUUAAGAAUUGUAAUUGAUGAAGCUAUACGUAUUGAAAACGAAAAUUAUAGAACUGAAUUAGAUAAAGCGUUAACAGAAGCACGUAAAGCUAAAGAUGAUGUUGCCAAACAAUUUGCUGCUAUGGAAGAUUCAUUUGAACAAGGAAAAUUAUUAGCAACUAAUGUUGGUGAACAAAUUUUUAAAGAACUUGAUCAUAUACUGUUAGACAAAGUAUUAAGUGAUAUUAAACAAGAUAUUGUUAAAAGUCAUUUUAUUAAUCAUGAUGUAAUACAGAAACAAGCCUAUGAACAAAGUUUUAAACAAGCUAAUGGUGAAAAUAUUUUAAAAUAUGUGCUCGAUAUUAAUCGUUAUUUCUUAGAAUUGAGUUUGAAAGAAAUUAAAACAACACUCAAUGCCGUUACACAUUCUCAUACACUCGAUCUUGAAGAACUUAUUAUUCAAGUACUUAAUGCAGCAAAUAAUAUUGUAAAAUCAAGUCAAUGUAAAGAUGUACAAUUUGUGAAUAAUGAUAUUACAAAAGGUAUUGCAAAUAUUCCGCAGUUAGUAGCUGUUCAACAGGAAAAUCGUUUUCAACUAACAGAUGUCGUACCGUUACCUAUUUCUGAAUCUACUCUAUUUAAAUCUGGAUUGAAGGCUAAAGCAUUUGCUGGUUGUAAACCGCAUUUAACUGGACGUUUAGGUUGCCAAUCUCGAUGUCCUGGAUGUGGUGCUAAGUGUAGCAAACAGAUGCCACAUGAAAGAGAAUGGGUAGAACAAAUGCCAGAUGCAUGCAACUGUCCUGCUGAAAGCGGCUGUAAUUGCCCCAAACCACCGCCGAUCCAAGUAGAAGCUCAUGCCAGCACACAUCAUAUUGCUCGUAUGUUCUUUGGAAUGAGAUUUCAUCUAACAAAUACUCCCGUAACAAGAUUGUGUUAUCAUAAAUGGAAAACAGCCAGUAUGCACAUCGGCGACGAUAUAUGUAUAAAUCCAAUUCAACGUUAUUACAAUCAAAAGCAUCCAGCAUGGUAUAAUGAUCUAAACAGUCAUGCAUCACUUGACAAAACUGACUGUGACGAUCUGGCCCCACCUGAACAACGACGAGCAUGGAUGGUAGUUAGACAUGUUCUUAUUAAUCACUAUAGCGAAAUUGGUAUGGUAGAUACAAUAUAUGACAAAUAUUCUUAUCCACUGGAUGUACCAGCAUUACCAGCUGACUUUGAACCUAGAUGGAAAGAUGAUGGUAUCGAUUGA